AUGUGUUUCGCCCUUUUCCCCUUCCGUAAAUUUCAAAUGGGUACACAGCUUUUAAAUGGCAUCAUAUCAUCUCAAACCUGAAAUGGGUACUAGCGGUUAGGAUGCAAACAAAUAGAAUCAUCAAUCAAUUAGUAAUGACAUCAAGUUUGGUUAGUGAUAUGCGCACACCCAUAACAGUUAGCGUCAAAUCAUUAGGCAAAGAUUGUGCUCGAUACAGACUUGUACAACUCAGCUUGAACUCAGGUUAUUCAGUUUGUUGUCAAAAUACUCCGUAGUUGCUUCGUGAAUUGAAUAGCUCAAGCGUUGGAUUGUGAGAAAUUUGUUUAUAAUACUAAACAAGAAAAGUUUUUAGUUGGGCUCGUUAAGAACUAAAAAGAGCACAACUAUUCAACCUCACUCAACUUUGAGGUGAAAAUUCUAGCAAACAACACUAAAAAACUCACAUCCACAUAGAAAAUGUUGCAUCUUUGCAAUGUGUGGAAGUCGUAAUGGAGUGCAAUGGAAUCAAGUGGCAGGAGGAGAAAUUAAAAAGCAGAGUUGUUGGGAGCUUAUUCCGGAGGAAUUACAAGUAGUUUGGACCAGUUCCGGAAAUUGGUUGCAGUGUGGAACUGGAAAUGGGCAACUAGUUUCUGAGGCGGAAGCACACUUUUCAUCACAGAAAGUAUCAGAUACAAAGGGAGUGUUUGCUAAAACUAAAAAAAAUGUUUUUCAGAUUUUUGAUUUAAAAAAGAUGAAAUGAGGUUUUCAAAUGAUAGCUUCUGCUGAAAUGAAGCAUUUAAAAGCUACAAGCUCGAAGCAGGUUAACUGCUUUUCACUUUUUCUUUUACAAAAAAAUCACUUAUUUUAUCAAACACUACUGGCUUUUACUUUUCAAAAGCACUUUUUCUCAAUGUACAUCGAUAUGACUUAACACUAGAGCACAUCGUCUAGGGUGAGGAUUUCCACCGUCAUCUUGUUUGAGCAGAUCGUCUUCUUCAGCACCUUUCGGGCUUCUAUCUAGGGUUACUAGCCGCCAGAGCUUUUCUUCUGCUAUCGACAAUUGUCGAGGAGCAGUUUUGGAUUAUGCGUGUCUUUGAGGCAUCGUUUCAGACUAUUUCCUUGUUUUCUUCGUGGCUUUCUUACAUCGAUCCAAGAUUGUUCUGAAUAUGAGGGAGCCAAGGGAGGGAGAAAUGGAGGCGUCCAGAGGGGCUGAAAUUGCAGGGCAUACGGAGGUUGCUCGUCAAGGUAUCAGUCGAGCGACGGGCGGGAGACGUGCCUUGUUCGUGUCAACAAUCAUUGAGAUGGUCCGGCCUCCUCCUGAACCACCGCCAGGGUCUGAACGAGGUGCUAGGGUUCAAGAUAUUUAUUUUUCUUAUUUAGCUGUUUUCAUGUUUCGCCCUCCUCCUAUUAGUUUUUAUUAUUUUGUCAUUUGGUUUCUUGUUAUCAUUUAUGUUGUUAGGUUUGUCAGUUUGAGAAUUUAACAUUUUUUUAAUGUCAUUGGGUAUGUUUGGAUCUAUGGGAACAGAGAUGACUGUGUCAAGCGUGCUGUGUCAAGCAAUUCGUGUUGCUCUUUCGGGGGGCGUCUCUAAGUCUGAUCAUAGGGUUUACAGUCGUAGUUGUUGGAGUUUAGUUGGUGUCAGAUUUGUUUUUCUUUUGAUUGAUGUAAUGAUCCCAAAACUUAUGAUAUGAAUAGCGGCAAGUUUCUGUUAAAAAAAGCACUUUUUCUCGAAC